AAGGCGAGAGCAACAUCCCAGUUCUGACUGAAGUUGCCAAGUGCAUGGGACUGGUUGCCAAGGGUUUGCAGAAACACUUUGACAAACUUGCGCGGCAGUUGCUGCCUGUAGCGUUGGCUCGGAUCAAUGACAAAAGCGUUUGGAAGACCAACUGCCUCAUCGAAAGGGUUGAGCAGCUGCUGUGGUCUGUGCCCUUGGACGUCCUCCUGGAGGAAUUGCCUGCACACUUCAGCUCUAAGAGCUUGUUUGUGAAGAAGGAGGCCUUGAAUCUUCUGAUGCGCGCUCUGGAGCUUCCACAGGUCUUGGAGAUCUAUCCCGACGCCACGCAGCGUUUCUUCCAUGCGAGUGCCACCUUGGCGCUGCCGCUGGUGGAUGACUCGGACAACACGGUCCGACAAGAAGCAGCCAAAGCCUUGGCGAAGUUGGUGGUCCAGAACAGAGAGGCCGCGGACAGCGUGCUGGAUCGGUUGCCGGCACAUCGCCGGAACCUGUUUGAGGAGGAGCACCGGAAACUCUCCAAGGACACCCCUGCCGCAGAGCUGCGCGUCCCCUCACCGCUGUCGCCUCCAGCCACGUGCACGUCACCCUUGAAGCAGCGGCUCCACGCGUUGCCGGUGGAGGCUGCACCGCUGCAGCCGUGGCUGCCAGGGCCGAAAGCCCAGAUUGCGGAGCCAAAAGUUGAAAAAGAGGAGGUGAAGCCGAAGGCUGAAGGAAAGGAGAACCGAAGCGAGCCUGUGAAAGAGGAGAAGGAGGUCCCAGAGACACCGUUGAUCAAGCAGAUGGCCGAAGAGAUCCGAAACCUGCGAUCAAAGGUCAAGCAGCUUGAAAUGGACAAGGAACGUCAUGAGAAGGUGGAGCUGAAGGCAGAUACUCCUUCCCCAGGUCCUACCUUGGCAACGGUGCCCAGGCCGCGUGCUCCUCCUACCACCCGGCGUGCCGAGUCUACUGAACGUCGUGAUGAAACGCCUCGUCGUGUUCCCAGGGAUCACGGCACCCCAACUCGCCGGGGGAGUCCCAUGGUUCGCGGCGACCGGGACCUGGGCCCGCGCCUCACCCGCGACGCCACCCCGCCACGGAGGGAGCUGCGGCAGGCCACACCACCCAGGCGACGGGAGGGGCCCACCCUGGCGCCCAGGGAAGGAACGCCCACCAGGCGAGAACCAACACCUACCCGAAGAGGAGCAACGAUCAGAAGGGAACCGACACCCACCAGAAGAGAGCCAAGUGUGAGGAGAGAUCCUACACCUACCAGGACAUUGAGACGUGAGCCAACACCUACCAGAAGGGAUCCCAGCAGGGAAGCUACUCCCAGGCAUGAAUCAACACCGUCAAGGAGAAGGCAACCCCCAAUCUCCUGGACUCCAGGUUAUUUGCAGGACGGAGAUAGUGUGAUCCUGGGCGAGAGUGUCGUACCUUUUCAGAUUGGUUUACCUCGCUCGUCCAAACAGGCACGGCAACAGAAGGAGAAGAGCCAAUACUGGGGCCCAGAAUCAAUCCCCAGCGACCACCUCUCUGCGCUGCGCGAACAAUGGCGUCCCUGCAUAGAGGACUGGCUUUGGCGACAAAUGUUCUCAGACCGUUUGGAAGAGCAGUUGGCCGGCUUGUCGCACUGGCAGAAACAGGCAGAAGACUAUACACACAUGAUCCUGGAAGCUGACGUUUUGGAUAUGGUGCUGAAAUGGUUGACCUGGAUGCUAUGGCACGCAAAUACGAAGGUGUGGAAAUCAAUGCUGGAUGUUCUGCUGGCACUCCUGCGAAACUUGGAGGGCCUUGAUGUGCCCCUGACUGAUCGUGAGACGCAGAUCCUGGUGCCCAACAUCGUGGAACGAUCAGGGCACAAUAUCUUGGCCAUUCGCGAGCUGAUGCAGGAAGUCCUGAGGCUAUGUGGCGUGCUGGCCCCGCGUGCGCGAAUGCUGCCUAUGUUGCUGAAUGGUCUAUCCUCAAAGAGCAAAAGGUCAGCGGCUUGUAGCAUGAAAGCCAUUGGCGACAUGUUGGAGCGGCAAAGCACUUUGUCGCUGCUCCGAUCACAGAAGGAUUUGGGUUUGGUCUUGAAGCUGACAGCAGAUAAGGAUCCAGAGGUUCGAAGGUCUGCGGUUCAAACAGUGGCGCUUUUGUCCCUGCAUUUGGAUGAUGAUGUGUUCAUCAAGGUCUGUCGUGGUUUACCGCCACUUGCAAAGGGUCCUGUCCAGCAGGCUGCCAUGAGCCUGCAGGAGGAGUUCAAUGACAGGCCCUAGAAGACGGACCUGACCACCGUGGCUCUCGUAGUCGAGAAGCCACACUAAUUUGAUGAAUGUCUCAAUUCACGCAUCAGGACGUGACAUAAAAGAAAC